CCUCCCUUUUUUUUUUUUGGCUAUUAUCAAGAAUGAUACAAAAAGUCAAAAAGUAUUUCAAAACCCUAGGGAAAUUCAUUGGCCCAGGAUUUAUGAUUGCUGUUGGCUACUUGGAUCCAGGAAAUUGGGCAACAGACAUGGAAGGAGGGUCUUCUUUUGGUUACCGGUUACUUUUUAUUAUUUUGAUCUCCAAUAUCAUUGCUGUCUUUUUACAAAAUCUGACUAUCCGACUUGGUACCAUUGCUGGCCUUGAUUUAGCAGCUGCAUCACGAAAAUAUUUCCAUCGUUACCUCAAUUUCUUUUUGUAUGUUUUAGCAGAAAUUGCUAUUAUUGCAACUGAUAUUGCUGAAGUCAUUGGCUCUGCCAUCGCCCUUAAUUUAUUGUUUCCUCAACUACCUUUACCAGCUGGCGUUGCAAUCACAGCAGUCGACGUAUUUAUCAUUCUUUUGUUUUAUAACGAGGAAGCCGAUGAUCCCGAUUCUCCCAGCUCAGACUCCGCUUCUCUUAAAAUGAUCCGGUUCUUUGAAAUGUUUGUUAUGAUGCUUGUAUCGGCUGUUGGUAUUUGCUUCAUUAUCGAACUAGCCUAUUCUGAUAUUGUUGCUGUGGAUGUAUUUAAGGGAUACUUGCCAACCAAAGAAAUCUUCACUGAUCCAGAUAUUCUUUAUGUUGCCAUUGGCAUCAUUGGUGCAACAGUCAUGCCACAUAACUUGUAUCUUCAUAGUUUUAUUGUUCAAGCACGUUGUCGUGAAUGGCGGUCUUCAAGGCCUCACGUUGUCCAACAAGGAGACCAUUGGCUUAUCAAAACUGACCCAUUUCGUACAGACAUCAAAGAAACAGUCCAAGAAGACUACAACGAAAAAUCGCAUACCAUCGUUGCUGUGGACUCUGCUUCAUCUUGUGUUUCUCGCACAGGCGGUCUGAACCUUGAGGCCAUGCGUAGCUUUCUUGAUAGUUCUUUGAAAUGUAACUUGCAUUAUGGGUUUAUUGAUCUGGUUGUUGCUCUCACGUUUGCCUUUUUCGUUAAUUCUGCUAUUCUUGUGGUUGCUUCAGCUAACUUUUAUUAUGGGCCUAACAAUCAACAACAACAAGUAGAAGAUUUGUUUAGUGCACAUGCCCUUUUGAAGCAAUAUUUAGGUCCCCCUGCUGCUAUCGUGUUUGCGCUUGCUUUAUUGUGUGCAGGCCAAUCCAGUACAUUGACGGCUACUCUAGCUGGUCAAGUGAUCAUGAGCGGGUUUUUAGGCAUGACGACGAGACCUUGGAUACGACGUAUCGUUACACGAUUGAUUGCUAUCAUUCCUGCCAUGAUAGCAGCUUGUGUUGCUGGUCGUUCAGGUUUAAGUAACAUGCUUGUGGCAAGCCAAGUAGCACUUAGUAUUCAAUUACCUUUUGCUGUUGUUCCUCUUGUCUAUUUUACUGCUAAAAAGAAAGCCAUGAAACUCGAUCUGGUAGUUGAAGCCAAGGACAUGAACCCUGAGCCUGUCUCUAUGACUCAACAAAGUAAAAUGUCUUUUAUCGACCGUACUUUUGCUCGCUUGCGAUUUUCCAACUCCAAAUCAGAUUGGAUUCGAUUCCCUCAAUUCAGUAAAAUCAAUAUGGGUGUUAUUAAAAAUUAUUGCGUUCGACAAGACAAUACACUGUCCACAGAAGACAAACAAGAAGGCACAAGCACACCGCCCAGUACUAUAAAACCUUUGGGUAUACUUGGACAUUGGCCUGAGCCUCUGACUUAUCCUAAUGGAUGGAUAUCGAAUAUCAUUGCUAUUUUGAUCUCUUUAUUACUGAUUGGUCUCAAUAGUUAUCUUGUUGUAUCAUUAUUUUUACAGAUCUAAUACCCCCCCCCCUCUCUCUUUUUCUUUCACUCCUUAUUGUGCACAUAUACAUAAAACCUUACAUUCAUGUUGUACCUUUUUCCGUCUCAUAAAAAAAAAUAAGCGGGAGUUAAAC